AUGAAAGAAUAUUCAAAAGAAAUAGCUAGAGAUGUAUUUUUUUCUUUCAGUAUAUUUUUUGCUGCCGCCUUUGUUUCAACUUUAGUAUCACUUAUUAACGCCAGAGGGCGCCUUUUAGAACCAGCACAAAGGUCAUCACUAUGGCGACGAGGAUUUAAAAGUCCAAUCAAUCGUGAUGAUGAUGGAUUGAACUGCGGAGGAUACUGGCGCCAGUGGCAGUUGAAUUCUGGGAAAUGUGGGGUUUGUGGUGACCCUCAUGACGUCACACCUCAUUCAAACGAGGUUGGCGGGAAAUUUUCAAAUGGACUUAUUUCCCGGUACUACAGUACAAAUGACACUAUUAUAAACGCUAUUGUGGAAGUGAAGAAAAACAUGAGAGGAUAUUUUGAAUUCCGUUUGUGUCCGGAAGUAUCAGAUUCAGUUCCGGUGACGCAGGCGUGUUUGGAUAGAUAUCCUUUGGAGAUUGAUGGUCACGGAAAGCGCUUUGAACCGAUGCAAGAGGGUAUGGUCCACCUGAGAAUUCUACUUCCGAGCGGGGUCGCAUGUGAAAGAUGUGUUUUGCAGUGGAAAUGGCGAACAGCUAUGAACUGGGGAAAGUGCCCGGAUGGCACCAGCCGUACCGGAUGUGGACCACAAGAGGAAUAUUACAACUGCGCAGACAUAGCCAUCCUACCACCUGAAGCGAUUCUCAAAAGAAAUAUCAAAUCCUCUACGACUGAAAAACAAACAUCGGGAUCGGAAUUUAGAUACUUACAAAACGAAGCCAAACUCGAACCAAUUGUACCUAUUUUUGAUUUUAAUGGAAAUGUUCGCACAUCGAAUAAGGUGGCUAAUAAUGAGGUGCAGAUGAGGAAGGACGUCGAUGUUGCUUUUCCAAGCGUCUCAAUUGGAAAUGUGCCGAAACCCAAGGGCAUUAUGCUGCCUUACCUCGGGGAGGGAGCGGCAAAUGUAGAAGAACAAGUGGCCACCGACGCCAAAGUAGGUGCAGAGGCUAAAGAAACAAUCAAUCCUACAGACCUUCUUAAUCGAUUUAAGUCAACCUCAGAGUUUAAUGGAAAGAUUUUAUCUCGCUCAAAAAGAACUACGCUAGUGACUCCAAACCCAGUUACUCAGGCACAUGGAACUUUCUCUGUAAAGAAAACCACAUUGAGUUUUUCAGGAUCUAAUGCUAAUGGGAACACUGGCCACACAUCCGGGCUUCUGGGUUCAAUGAAAGGACAAACUGGGCUUAUUUCCCCUCCAUUUCCACCAAUCAAGACAAAUAUGGGAUCUUCCUCUAUGGUUGUUAAAUCUUCAUCAACUUCGUCUUCAUCUUCUUCAAUGUCCCAGUCAUCUCCUUUAAGGUCUGUAAAAUGGUCAGCGUCAUCAGCAACCUCAGGAUCGGAAUCCUCCUCGGGCUUUGACAGUUCAGUACCAAUCAGAAGUGGGUUGGCAUCAAGGGUGAUUCCGGGGAUCCCAGGACCAAAAACGGUUCAUACCGUCUCUUUUGUUGUUAACAACACCCAUAGCGGAAUAGACAGAAAACCACAUUCAGCUGUUUCCUUGGCUUUAGAGAAACUAAGAAAGCUUGUAAAACACGUGAAACAAGGUGGAAAUGCUGAGACUAUUCAAACCGUUCAAGUCACAAAUACACCCAGUGGUAUUAAAAAAGUAAUCCGUACCGAGAUAAGAAAGAAGAACCGCGGAGUAACACCAUCUUUUGUCCAGAGCAGAAAUCAAGGCGGCUUAAGAAUCUCUGCGAGAGAUUUUCUCAACGGGAAAACUAUUUUAAAUAGAAUGUCAUCUUUUAGUGGAUCUGGAGGCGUGCCAAUACAAACCCUUGGUGGAUCUGCAGAGGUGAACGUAAAUCAGCAGGUCCGGUCUAACGUAAAUCGUCCUUCAAUUUCAACAAAUAUCACAAAUACAACUAUAACAAAGCACAUAUCUUCAAAUGGUCACCAGAUGUCUGGAGCUGAAAUCCAAACUCAAAACGAGGCAAAGUCAGAUGUUUUGACAACACAGACUGAAAACGUUAAAAUCGAUACAACAAAUAUGGACAAAGAGACAAAGCCAGCCUUGUCACAACCUGCAUUACCGAAAAUUAAUGUUUCUUCCAAAAUCAAUAAAGGAUCCACGUUAGAAAAGGAAUUGGUAUUAUCAAAGCCGGUGAUUUCCGCUAAAACAAAAUCAAGAGAAUUAGUAGCUCCACAGACAAAGACAGACAAAACAGUUUCCAUUAAAAGAACUGAAGUCAUUGUAGAUCAAAAAUCAUCUAAACCCGAAAGCGAGGCUUUAUAUCCUCAGACUGUUGUUAUUCCCAGCAAUAACAACAAUUACGUACUUCCCUCGUCAAUGUCGGGGCCCUCUCUUACUAUUACCGGAGGAUCACUCUCUAGCCGCCCAGCUGAUCUUGGAUACAGUAAAAUGUCUCAAGUGUCUGAAACUGAAGCCAAAAAUUCCUUUUUAAUGACCCAGAAGAUGUCAAGUCAGAGACAUCAAGACGUAGGCCAGGUGUCGAUGGAAGCUGAAACAAAGAUGCAGAAGCCGGUUAUUCCUGAGGUUAGAUCUGAAGUAGUGUCAUCCACAAAAGAAUCAGGACAAGUAACUCUACAACAGGAAAAGCAGAUAGACAAUCAAAGGGUGAAAGUUAAAGAAGAUAUCCAAACAGUAGAGGAGGGUAAAAACAGAGUUAAUACUGCAAACACACAAACACAGAGAAUGGAAGUCACACUGGGCGGAAACUUCUCCCCACGGAAAGAAGCUACGAAUUCUUUUUCUGCCAGACGUGAACUCACAUUGAUGGGCCAAAGAAACAAAGAUACCAGCAAAACUCUGAAUCCUAAUAACUUUUUACCAAAUGUAAAAUCUGAAGCGAUAGAAAAAAUAUUGUUAGAGAAGAGAGAACCCAAUCCUUCCCGAAAAAUUGCACAUAAACUAGCAUCUAACUCGCAACAAGUUCGACCUGACACUCCCAGAACCGAGUCGGUUGAGGUCAAUACAACAACGGUGAGGAAGAUAUCUUCAAAGCCCAUGGUUUCGUCUUCUUCCUUUUCUUCCUCAUCAUCCUCCUUUUCAGUAUCUUCAAGUUCGCAAUCAAACAGUGCAUCGUCUGGUUCUAGCAUGUUCUCCAAUGGAGGAAAAUGGGAAGUCAUUCCUAACCAAGGAAGCCUGAAAGUAGAGACCACCAAAGAAACUCGUCAAACUCUGAAUGGAGAUAUCAAUAUUCAACAACCUGUGGAAUCGAGUACUAUGAAAAAUUUAGAAGUCAUCACUAUUCUGCCAAAUGAAGUCACGACCGGUGCGACUGUUCUAGAAGUGAAUUCCAAAAUUGUUCAAGAUUCUUCCUCUCAGAAAUCCAAAACUUCUGGGAUUGUUGAAACAACACUUCCACCACAAAUACCACCAAGUACGCUUCCACCGGACAGUGGAUCGAAUUUGAAAACUUCUCAAGCAGCACAGACCAAUGAUCAGUUGAUUUCAAACCCAAUUCUUAUAAAGGGAAGUAUCAACAUUGGUGGUCAAGGUAGCAGUCAAUGGGGAAUUUCAAAUGGUAUAGAAAAUGCACAACAAAAUCAGAAUUUGGUCGUAGAAGGACUUAAUCAAGGGUUAGGGCUUCAGUAUGGCAUGAACGAUCCUUAUCAAUUCAAUUUUAAUUUGCCACCAGAUCCUCAGCCAAACAUGGGAGGUGAUACCUGGUUACCUACCUCUGGAUCAAAUGCCCAAACAAUGGAUUCAUUAUUAUUGGAUCAAACCUCAUCUUUAACAUCUCAGUCUUCUUUUGCAAGCAAUGCUGGCGAACAAUUUUUGACUGCAGGCCCAGUGGAAUCAAUACCCCUUCCUCCUGGGGAACCAAAUAUGAUGAUUGAUAGUGCACCAGGAAUGCAAAACACUGGUACAUUUGUUCAAUAUGACACGAAUAUGAUGAGCGGUUUGGACCAGUGGGGCACAGGAUCAUCAGCAGCUGAUAUAAGUUUCUCUCAAGGUUCCCCAAAUGAUAAUGUUAAUCAAGGCUCCAUGAUUUCAUCAAAUUUUGGUGGCCACGCGCUUUCGUCUGGUUAUGAUGCUGGAAUCAUUCCUAGUGGAAUAGACCAUACACUCCUGCGAUUGACAGAUACAACAGCUUUAGAAGUUGGUCCAGUUCUCUCUGCAGGUGGCCAAGUUGCACACGACUCAACGUUUGGAAUGGGAUUCGUAACUUCUUUACCAGAAACCACUCCUCCUCCUACCACUUCAACAACAGCCGCCCCAACUACUACGACGGAAGCCACAACUACGACAUCUACUACAACGACAGAAGCUACGACGACAACUACGAUGGCACCGACGACCACAGAGGUUCUAACAACCACACAAGCACCAACGACAACCCCAACAACAACACCAACAACGACGACUAGACGUUCAACAACAACUACAAAGGAACCAACGACUACAACAUCGACACAGGCCCCAACUACGACAACUGAAGCUCCAACAACACAAGAAAUUACAACAGAGCCGGUAAAGGCAUCUAAACCCUUAACUCACGGCGCUGAUAUUUCAGUUAUGUCAUCAUCAUCUCUAUCUGAAAUGAAAUCGUCUUCAAUUCAAUCAAAUUCAAAAGUGGAAAAAUCAAUGACGGGUCAAUCGGAUUCCUCUUACACUGUAUUAUCUGCGGAAAAAUCAUCUAGUAAAUUAACUCCACCUCCAGCACCUAUAAUUAAACAAGUCAUCGUGUCCACUAAUGAACAAAUUGAUAUGGGAGACAGACCUAUCCCUCAGCUUAAAGCAGUUACAGCACAAUCGCUUGCUCCUAGUCAAAGCAUUACAGGAAAAUCUGCACAUUCAUCAAUUUCUACCUCUGAAGUGACAAAAGAUACUCAAUUCAACACUGUUGAAGUGACAAAAACAGAAGGUUCCUCCACAGCUGAAAGAAAGACAGCUGUAGAAACAAGCAAAAUUAAUACAGAAGUUACGAGCAAAGGAAAAACAGACUCAAAAUCAACUAUAGAAACAAGCAGAACAGCAAAUAAAGUUGAUGGAUUACGUGGAAAUGAAAACAGUAAAACAUUGAUGUCAGCAUCCGUGGAACAAACAGUUACAGGUGGAAACACAAAGACAAGGUCUCAAGGAGAUCAAAAUACUGUUAUUUCGACGAAAACUAGCACUGUAAGUGAGAGUAAAAUUGAUACACAGGCCGAAAAAUCAAAGAACACAGCACGGGAUCCAAAUGCCAUAUUAGCCAAUAUGUUUAAGGCUCUGACGGAUAUCAUGCUUAAAGUUCAGAUGGGCGGCAAACAAACAUUCCCGUAUUCUACAGAUCAGUCAAUGAAGAUUCAGAUGACUAACCAAAUUGCUGGAGCUCCAACAGCUACUACUUUGGAUAAUGCAAACAAGGUUGACACUCAAAAAUCUGUAAGUUCUUCGUCAACGUCGGUAAAAACAGAAUCUAAUUUGGUUUCUGCUAGUGAAGUUGUGCAAGGAGAUGUGAAAAAGGAUAAAAUAGCAACAAAUAAAAUAGAAGUGCAACGUGGAGAUACCGUAGUAGAUAAAUCUACAAAUGUUGCCUCGGAAUCCUCUUCACAAGUAAAGAUCACAAAAGAAGCCGCACCUGCAACCCAAUUACCACCGCAAACAGAGGCACCUGCAGUUGAAAAAACAAAAAUUGACACUGUAUCCUCUAAAACAUCAACAACUGUCGACUCUUCCUUUAACGUUGCAGGUGGCUCAGCUAUGGACAUGACUGGUGUUGGAAAUAUGGCUGUAGAUGGACAAACAAUGGAUGCCAGUAUGAUUGAUUCCAUUGGAAUGGGUAACAUAGCGCCAGAAUGGGGCAACACUGCUUUGACAGGAAACGUUGAUCUUAUGAUGGAUACUGCUAACUUAGGUACAGCAGCUAAUAAUGUUUGGGACACUACAUACGUCUUUGAUAAUACAGCAAAUAGUGGAAUAGACAUAGGUGCUGGAACUUCUGUAAUGGACAUAGGGACUGGAACUUCUGGAUCUUCAUGGGACGCUGCUUUCAUAGACCCUACUUUGCCGAUUGAGUCAACUAUCGGAAAUUCUGCAGGAGCUUGGGAUGCAGCUUACUCCGUUGAAAAUACAGGAGCUUCUUCAAGCUCUUCCCUUUCUUCCUCAAAGAGUAUUUCAGCCUCUUCUUCAUCAUCCUCGAGAUCUGCAUCCUCAACUAGCCAAGGAAAAACAACUUCAAGAGGACAGAUGCAUAAAGCUGGUUCAUUAACAAAAGAGGUUAGAGUUCAAGAGGUUAAACAGCCAGUUGUACAACCGCCUCCUACACGCCCGCCACCAGUGCCCACCACAAGAGCUCCAUCACCUUUAACGACUGCCGCUCCACCACCUACAACUACCAGAAGACGUCCAACUACAACAACACAGGCCACUACCCCUUGGGACGCCUCUUUCGUUAACCUUCAAUCACUAUCUGGGUUCCAAGUGGGAGCAGGUGGAGUUGACGCAUCUUCACAAGGCAGGGGCGUUUCGACUGGUGGUUCUUUGUCAUAUAGUAGCAGUUCCGUUGUUAAUAAUUACGACAAGUCUAAUACAGUUGGAGCAGCUGGCUCUUUCGAUACUAUGGGUUCUUCAAAGUCAUAUAAGACAAGCGUUUCAGACUCAUUUAACACAUUUGACUCAACCAAUUCAUUCCAAUCUGGCGGCGGCCGUGGAUCCUUUUCUUCUAGUUCAUCUAACAUGAUGCAAUCUUCCAAUAAUGUACAAGCGAUUCCUACAGAAUCUAGCCAGGCUGCCUGGGGUCUAGGAGUAGAAUCCUCUGCUAAUAAAAUGAACUCGAUGAACACUCAGAUAAAUAUUGACACCCAGUCCAUGGGAAACAAUGUCAAUAAAUGGAAUAACUUCCUUGAAGUCGGGUCCUCUCGGUUCGAUAUUCCAGUUAAUGUACCUCCACCAACUACCACAACAAUGGCUCCAACUACAACAACCCCGAUCCCAACAGAACCUCCCGUUAUUAUUGACGUUAAGGAUCUGACCCCCGAGUCUGUGGAUCCAAUAUCAAGAAACGUCAUGUUAAGCAUGAUACGCUCAAUGGGACAAAACCAACAAACCAUAAUGACACUUCUUUACGCCACUGGUGCCGACUUCCUCAGAUCCAUGAACAUCAAUCCUGCCCAUCUCAAGGGAUCCGUAAGUACAGCCGUCCUGAACAUUUUACCAGAGCUGAGAAGAUUCCUUCGGCUCCCAAGACGACGAAGCUACCCACGGGAUCCGUAUAUAGUCGGGAAAGGAUACAGAAGUCAGAUUCGAAAGCGUCAAGAACAGCAAAGACGACAGAGACAAGACCAAUAUGCAUAUUACAACAACAACACUGCGUCAGGUGGUUCCGGAUCAAAUUACCAACCACCACCCCCACCUACAACUCCAGACCCGGUACAAAGAGCAGUAGAAACUGCCAUGAGUAAGCAGCUUAUCACGAUGUUAGGAUUAGCUCCUGAACCCCCAGAUCCGCCAGCAGCUGGCGCCCGGAGACGAGGUGGCGCUAUGGGCGGCGCCGGCGGUGGGGCAGGCGGCUGGGGUGCAGCAGAUCCAUGGAAUGUGGCUGGUGGUGGUGCAGAUCCCUGGGGAGGAGCAGGUGGUGCUGGUGCAGCCGAUCCUUGGGGCCCAGGAGGAGGAAGGGCCGGUGGAGCAGCAGGAGCUGCAGACCCGUGGGCACAGCCAGGUCCUGAUCCUUGGGGGCCUCCGGCAGGAGGACGAGGAGGCGGCCGAAGGAUGUCCAGACAAUGGCAAGAGGUGCUCGGUCUUGCUCCUGAAGCUGGUGAUGUUCCUGCAGGUCAGCAAGGACAAGCAGCAGGUGGUGGCGGUGGAGGAUGGGGAGCCGGAGGGGGCGGCGGAAUGUGGGGAGGAGGAGGAGGCCGAAGGCGAGGCGGUGGUGGAGGAUUUGGAGAUCUAGCAAGGUUAGCUGGAAUGAUGAUGGAUCCUGCGGAAGCGGCUGAACUAGGCCUUGGUCCCGGGGCGCGAGGUGGAGCCGGAGGGGGAAGAAGGGGUGGUCCAGCCAAUAGAGGGCGUGUAAUGCACGCGAUUGUGGAGGCUUUGGGAUUCUAAAAGUUUUACAGUGCAAUAUGAAAUAUUGUAUUUUUUUAAUCAGGUUACACAGAAUUUUUAAAGUUAUUAUUCUGGUUAACUGU